GCCUGCUGGCAGGCUGCUGGAUAAGCUUCAUCGCCACGAGCCCGCAACAAUGCGGGAUAAACAAUCCAACGCAAAACAGCGCCUUAUAACAGUGAUAUGUAUAACAAACCGGCAAUUGACUGUUGUUUCUAUAGAUAACUUCGCGCACUAAUACCUGGCAUUACCCUACGACUCGACUUAUAUACCCACCAUCCUUCCUCCGGCGUCAUGUCGUCGUUCUUCUUUUCCACCCCUGUCGAUAUCGACGUCGUCUUGGAGGAUAGCGAUGAACGAGAAACUGUCGAUAUCAAGCUGGACAAGAACAGGAGGGAGAAGGCACCAUUGUAUAUGGAUGGCGAAUCCGUGAAGGGAGCAGUAACGGUGCGGCCUAAGGAUGGGAAACGAUUAGAGCACACGGGCAUCAAGGUCCAAUUUAUCGGAACAAUUGAGAUGUUUUUCGAUCGAGGUAACCACUACGAAUUUCUCUCCCUCGGUCAAGAGCUUGCCGCCCCCGGCGAGUUACAACACCCACAGACAUUCCCUUUCAACUUCAAAAACGUUGAAAAACAAUACGAAUCUUACAACGGCAUUAAUGUGAAGCUGCGAUACUUUGUCCGGGUGACGGUUUCCCGGCGAAUAGCGGAUGUUGUGCGGGAAAAAGAUAUUUGGGUUUAUUCGUACCGCAUGCCUCCAGAGACCAAUAGCCCUAUCAAAAUGGACGUGGGGAUUGAGGAUUGUUUGCACAUCGAGUUUGAGUAUUCAAAAUCGAAAUACCAUCUCAAGGAUGUCAUUGUGGGGAGAAUAUACUUCUUGCUCGUGAGGCUGAAAAUAAAACAUAUGGAAUUGUCGAUUAUCCGCCGCGAAACCACUGGAUCACCGCCGAAUCAGUACAAUGAAAGCGAAACGCUGGUGCGGUUUGAGAUUAUGGACGGCUCUCCAUCAAGAGGAGAAACGAUACCCAUUCGAUUGUUCCUAGGCGGUUUCGAUUUGACUCCGACGUUCCGUGAUGUGAAUAAGAAGUAUUCGACCCGAUACUAUCUUAGCUUGGUACUUAUCGACGAAGAUGCCCGUCGAUAUUUCAAACAAUCUGAAAUCGUUCUAUACCGCCAAGCUCCUGAAAUUGGCUUGACCCCUGAAGUUGCACAGCAGCAAAUUGCUCAACAGAAACAGCUCCAGGGCGAACCUACUACCUCAGCGGGCCCAACAAAAGAUAUGCAGACGGCAUCGUUUGGAAAGCAGCAGGUCGCGGCCCAGGUGUAAUUGAGGGUGGAUGGAAAGAAGCGAGGAUGAAACGGGUGUAAGGAUUGUUCGAUCGUACGCGGCGGAAGCCGCUUGACUUAUUGGCGUAGUGGUCAUGGGCUUUGGCCCUGUUCCUUGUUUAUUUGGUUCUGUAUGGACAACCACAUUGUGUAUCAUGAAUUAUGAUAAUCCAUAGAUUAUUCGGUUCAUACUAUCAAGCUAGCUAACCUCUCUACGCCGCAUACUAACACAAUGCAACGGGUCAUAACUACCUCAAUGAAAUUUUAUAUCCUCCCAUUGACGACAAGAACUGGACAACGGCGAAAAAAAAAAAAAAAAAAGAAAAA